AUGGAUCCUUGGACCUCGCAUGGGCUUUGCAAGACACGCUGGUUGAGCCGCGGCGGCCUGCGCAUGUCCCAAUGCCCCAUCCCCUUGGGCUGUCGGAAGGCAGGUUCGGCUGCCGGUGAGGACCGCACGGAGGCCGCAACACCGUGGGAGAUCACCAACCCAUGUGUCUUCUGGUACGAGGCUGCAGUGAAGGCCGACCCUCCAUUCAUUCCUCUGGGGCUGGCGGCCUGCCAGGCAUUCGCCAUGCAUUGUGUGGAGGUUCGGCGGUGGCGGGACCUGAGGAAGCCAGGGUCUGUAAAGCAGGAACCUGUGUUCAGCAACUUCAGCCUUCCCGAUCAUGAGCCAGGCUAA